UAAAAAAUAAAAUUAUUGGUGAUUUUAAAUGGACAAACUAACAUAUAUUAUAUCAUAUUAAAUUACGCAUUCACAAAAUACGUAUUUCUGUGAGUGUACUACAUAUAUACACACACACACUUGGACAGUGUUUGCCGGCGAUGCCGACGCCGGUGGACGUAGCCCGCCGGUGUCUGGCGGAGUCUGCGGCUGCCGCGUUGGACGACGCCGUGGCCAUGGCCAGGCGGAGGAGCCACGCGCAGACGACUUCGCUGCACAUCGUAUCCGCUUUACUGGCACCCCGUUCCUCCGUACUCCGGGAGGCUUGCUCGCGCACCCGGGGCGGCGGCGCGUCCUCUCUACGCCUGCAGUUCCGCGCCCUGGAGCUCUGCGUCGGCGUCGCCCUCGAUAGGGUUCCGGUGUCCAAAUCCGCCGGCGGUGAGCCGCCGGUCUCGAACUCCCUGAUGGCCGCCAUCAAUAGGUCCCAAGGCAACCAGAGGCGACAUUACGAGACCCUCCGCUUUUACCAGCAGCAUUGGAGCUCCGAUUCCCAAACGCCGCCUUCGAUUUCUGCAGUUAGGGCGGAGAUGAAGCAUUUCGUGAUGUCCAUUUUGGAUGACCCGAUCGUCAGCCGGGUUCUCAGGGACGCCGGUUUCCGUACCCAUGAAGUUAAGCUGGCGAUUCUAAACCCUUUCACCUUGUCAAGAUUCGCCUCCACUGCUUGCCGGCUGCCUUCCCUGUUCCCCGACAUUUCGAGUAAUUUUGAACCAGGUGUUGGUUUCCCCUUUUCCCAACCAGUCGAUGAGAUGUCGGGAAGAAUAGCUGGAAUUCUCUUGGAAAACAGUAGGAGAAAUCCUUUGCUCGUGGGUGCUCACGCGAGUGAUGCUCAUCGGGUUUUUGUAGACUGUUUGAAGAAGGGUGGGAGUGGAGUUCUCCCCAGAGAAAUUGAUGGGUUGAACAUAGUAUCGUUCGAUCAAGAGAUAUCAGGUUGUUCUGAGGCUGAUGAAAGUUUGCAGGAAGAGAUUGUGAGAUUAAAGUUUAAGCAAGUCGAUGAGAUGAUGAUGAUGAUGGACUGCCGAGGGCCUGGGAUCAUUGUGAAUUGCGGGGAUUUGAAGGUGUUUGUGGAUGUGGGAUUUGUUGGUGUUGUUCGUUACAUUGUUUACCAGCUGAAGAGGUUAAUGAUCAGCCAUGAUAGGAAGUUGUGGUUGAUUGGUUUUUUGGAAAGUGAUGGUGAUUAUAAGAAGCUAGUGGAGCUGUUCCCAUCGAUCGAGAUGGAUUUGGAUUUGCAUGUUAUACCAAUCACUACUGCUUCGAAUGCAGAGAAUAGUUUCAAGUCCAGCUUUCUGAUGUCAUUUGUUCCUCUUGGCGGAUUCCUCUCGAUGCCAUCCAAGAACGAGCCUCUGCCCACCACUGCAGCUAAAACCUGGGGACUUUGUAACUUGUGCAAUGAAAAGUACGAGCUAGAAGUCCCUGACGUGUUGAAAGGAGUUUCAACUAGUUCAUUGGCUGCCAAGGAAUCAAGAAGUUUACCUUCUUGGCUGCAAGUCGCAGAAAGUGAAACAAGCAAGAAGUCUCUCACUGCAGAGGUUGAUACGGCUCAAAACCAGAUACUUCAGAGUUGGUGCGAGAUGUUCGAUAAACAGGCUCUCUUGUCAUUCCAGUGCAGGCCAAAGAAGACGAAUCCCUAUUGGAUUCCAGGGUUAUGGCAUCAAAGAGGAAAUGAAGUGACAUCUGCCGGACCAGUCAUUAGUUUUUCGAGACCAGUCUUUAGUUUUUCGAGUCAUCCUGGACCGCAACAGUCCAGACCUAUUUUUCCGAGCGAAUGUGAGAAUGCACGAGCUAAUAUAACAGGACGAGGUUUGGAGCUGAACAACCUUCACCACUCUUCUGAUCCUCAGGCAAAGGUGGGCCCACCUUCAAACCCUCUCUGUUCAGUCACCACAAAUUUGAGGGUGGGAGCACUUCGUGAUUCUACCGAUGAACGAACAAGGAAAAUCGACAAGACACCUUGUGAUCUUCAAAUUUCUCAAUAUUCACCAUCUUGUCCCAAUCUUCUCGAGAAAAAUAUGCUCCCCAAGGACCUUAAAAAUGCAUGGACAGCUUUGGCUGACAAGGUCUACUGGCAAUCUGAAGCCGUGCAAACUAUCAGUGAAGUGGUGUCACGUUGCAGAAGUGUGAACGAAAAUGGAAAUGUUUGGCUCAGCCUUUUGGGACCAGAUAGAGUGGGGAAGAGGAAAAUAGCUUCAGGGGUUGCUGAGAUUGUGUUCGGAAGAAAAGAGAACUUGCUGUCUUUGGAUUUGAAUUCUCUGGACGUGAACAGCCCCGAAUUCACCUCAGUUUUCGAUUUUUACGACUCGAAGCAUCAGAGACUGAAGUUGGGAAGGAAAACGAUAAUCGAUCACCUUGCUGAGGAGUUGAGUAAGCAUUCUCACAGAGUCGUGCUACUCGAAAAUAUCGACAAGGCAGAUUUCUUGGUUUUGGACAGUUUAUGUCGGGCAAUCAAAACGGGUAAAUUUCAGAAUCCACUCGGCAAGGACAUAAUCAUCAACAACAAUGUCUUUUUCCUUACUUCGGCUGUCCUGAAGAAUUCCGAAGCCCCGAUUUUGGGUAAAGUAACGUCUGAUUUUCCUGAGCAUAUGAUACUAAAGGCCAGAAAUUUGCAAAUGAAGAUUCUAGUGGCAUCACGGGACACAAUUUAUCGAAGAAACUACACCAUGAGUGUCUCAGUCACCACUAACAAAAUAUCAUCCAAGAGGAAAUCAAGUGAUCACCAAUUGAUGAGGGAAAAGAUUUCGAAACGCGCUAUUAUCGACUUAAACUUACCUGUUGAGCAUACCGAAGAAGUGAACGUUGAAUAUUUCACGAAUGGCGAUGAAAAUGGCGAAUCGGAUGCUCGGUUGGAAGAACUGCUCGAGAACGUGGAUGAAAAUGUGACGUUCAAGCCUUUCGAUUUCGAUUCUCUCAGUUGGGAAAUACUUGUGGAUAUCGAUGCCCGAUUGAAAAAAGCGUUCAGGCCCACGGUUUUACUAGAAAUCGACCGGGAAGUAAUGCUUCAGAUACUCGCGGCAGCUUGGCUAACAGAUGAUGGUAAGAAAGCUUUAGGUGAUUGGGUUGAGAAUGUGCUGUGUUUGGGCCUGGAGGAAGCCCGUCAAAGGUGCAGUGUUAGUCGUGAUGUCGUGAUGAAAUUGGUGCAUUGUGAUGGCUGUGCGGUGGAGGCCCGGGCUUCCGGGCUCUGCCUCCCGGCCCGAAUAAAUCUUGAUUGAUGCGUUUUCAGGUACAGUGGUCUUUUUUUCAAACUCCUGUAUAGUGUGCUGACUUGUAUCUUGAAUCAUUUUGUAUCCAAUAACUAACAUGCAUCAAUUUACCUUUUCAUGUAGUGUUUUUUCUUAAUGAUUUUUAACCGGUGUUUUUCU